AUGGCGGGGCCCAUCUGGAGCUAUGCUGAGACGAGAAACAACAUGCUGGAUUUUGACGCUUCCAGCAAGCUGUCCCCAUACCUUGCAAAUGGUUGCCUCUCCCCACGGCAAGUCUUUCAAGCGUUGCGCCGAACGGAAGCGAGCAAUAGAGCAUCCGCUUCCACAUACUGGUUCACCUUCAGCCUGUUGGUCCGCGACUUCUUCCACUUCUUCGCCCGAAAGCACGGCGCCCGGAUCUUCCACCCUCAUGGCCUGGCGCCGGAGAGGCCGGUCUGGCGCGGUGGAGACCAGGAGUUUGAGCUUUGGAUCAAUGGGAAGACGGGGUAUCCCUUGGUGGAUGCCAACAUGCGAGAGCUACGGGCGACUGGAUGGAUGUCCAACCGGGGGCGCCAAAACGUGGCGUCCUUUCUCAUCCUGGACCUGCAAGUGGACUGGCGUCGGGGUGCCGAGUGGUUCGAGAGCCAGUUGCUGGACUACGACGUUUGCUCCAACUGGUGCAACUGGGUCAUGGCUGCUGGGCUGGUGGGGAACCGGACCAAUCGCUUCAACGUGGUGAAGCAGUCGAAGCAGUACGAUCCAGAAGGUGCCUACCUGCGCACGUGGCUCCCCGAGCUGCGCCACCUUCCGGCCGAGCAGAUCCACGAGCCUUGGCGCUGGCCGAACGCCGGCGACGGCUACGCGGCGCCCUCGGUGAGCCCGGAGCGCUUUCCAGCGGAGCGUGGGCGUGUGCGGCAUGCGCCCAAGGGAAAAAGGGGUGGUGUGGAGGACGGGAGAGGAUGGGAGAGGGGAGAUGGGGGCUUGGCCAGGUUUAUGGGUGUCGAACUGUAA